AUGAAGACGUUCGUAGUAUUAGCGGCUGUAUUAGCAGCGACUUUGGCUUUACCAACUGACACUUACAAUCCUAUGUAUGAUAAUUUCAACGCUCAUGAGCUAGUAGAAAAUAUUCGCUUACUUAAAAACUAUGGAAAGUGUUUUUUGGAACAAGGACCUUGCACAUCAGAGGGGCUGGAGUUUAAAAAGGUCAUCCCUGAAGCGCUAAGAACAAGCUGUGGCAAAUGCAGCCCCAAACAGCGUGAACUGAUUCGCAUAGUAGUCCACGGUUUCCAAACUAAACUGCCGGAACUCUGGGACCAACUUACUAAAAAAGAAGACCCUAAUGGCGAAUAUAAAGAAUCCUUUAACAAAUUCUUAAAAAGCUCUGAU